UCUAUAAAAUUCCUAGAUCUCAGUGAACUUGUUCAGUGCACGUUCAACGUCGUAAAAAUGAUAAAAAUAUAUUUAUUUUCAGUUUUUUCUUUCGCCGCUUUGGUAAAAUCUGAUUGGACCGGUUCAGGAGUCCUGGAAUGCUAUGGUCACGUUAAUGUAGAUGCCUCAUUCCCAGCAGGGGCAGGAAAUGCCGGACCCGGCAGCGUUACAUGCAAUCCUGUAGAAUGGGAUUAUGAUACAGGACUAGGACCCGAGGCCAUGUUCUUCCAUCCUAACAGUGGGGAAUCUUUCGAAAUAUGGGCGUGGGACUACCACGGAUCCAUUCCUUCUGCUAGUUGUACAGGAGAACUAUGGUACAAGGAAGAGGAUAUGGGGGCAGGCUUCUGUACACCUAACAAGGGCUACAAUGGUUGUGGAAUAGUUUACUGCACUGGAGAAAUUGUUUGCGACGGAUGUUAAACAAGAAAAAACGGUCUAAAUUUUAUUGUUCUAAAAUAUGGAUGCAAGCCAGAAAUAAAACAAGCUUUACCAA